UCGGAGACCGCCGGGCUGCGAGUGCGGAGGGUCUGGGGCGGCGGCCGCGGGACUGCGCCGGGCCAUGGCACCGCCCGUUACCAGGGAAACGAGCCCUUCAGAGGAAGGUGACCUCCAGGACCCACCCGUGUCCCCUAAUCCCGACAGUGAGAAGAGUAGGAGCCAGAGCCCCACCCGGCUGCAGGACUCCCCUGAGGCAGGCGGGGAGCGGGAGGAGGAGCAGGCCUUCCUGGUCAGCCUCUACAAGUUCAUGAAGGAGCGACACACGCCCAUCGAGAGGGUGCCCCAUCUCGGCUUCAAGCAGAUUAACCUGUGGAAGAUCUACAAGGCCGUGGAGAAGCUGGGGGCCUACGAACUGGUGACUGGCCGGCGCCUCUGGAAGAACGUAUACGACGAGCUGGGGGGCAGCCCAGGUAGCACCAGCGCCGCCACCUGCACUCGCCGACACUAUGAGAGGCUGGUCCUCCCGUAUGUGCGGCAUCUGAAGGGGGAGGAGGACAAGCCGCUGCCUCCGUCCAAGCCCAAGAAGCAGUACAAGAUGACCAAAGAUCCUCGGGGGGACGACGGCGCUGUGGAGAGACCCAGGAAGGCCAAGGAGGAGAAGCCGGGAGAUCAGAUACCACCCGGAAAGACCAAGGCAGAAACGACCACGGACCCGGUGCAGCUGUGCAGCCCAGAGCCUGCGGGGGAGCGCGUGGAACAGCCGGGCCCCAGCCGUGGGCCCUCGCUGCCCGCUGACAGUGCCGGCAGCUGCCCUGAGGCCUACCAGAGGCUCCUGUCCAGCUUCUACUGCAAAGGGACACAUGGCAUAAUGUCCCCACUGGCUAAAAAGAAACUGUUAGCCCAGGUGAGCAAGGCUGGGGCCUUGCAGUGCCGGGAGGAGAGCUGCCAGCACAGGGCAGGAGACCCUCCCGGGCAGCUCCCAGCACCACCAGCGGCCUGCCCCCCGGAGCGCCCCCCGAGCCCAGGAGCAGCGGUGGAGGAGGCCAGGCAGAAGCCGGGAGCUCAGGAAGCAGCGCCAGGCCCCGGGGAGGAAGCGCCCAUGGGCCCUGGCCCGUCCGCCCCUGUCUUCACCGGCUGUUUCCACACCUGCCCCACUGAGGUGCUGAAGCCCAUCAGCCGUCACCCCCGGGACUUCCCCAGUCUUAAAGAUGGAGUGCUCUGGGGGCCCCGCAGCAAGGAGGGGUCCCAGCUGGUAUGGGGUGGGGAUGCCAGCCGCCCUUCUGCCUUCCACAGAGGUGGCUCCCGGGACGGCAGUCCCUACCCCAAGCCCAAAGCCUGCUGGGUGUCCCCCAUGGCCAAAGCCCCCGCCGAGAGUCCCGCGCCCCUUCCCGCCUUCCCUGGCGGCCCUGGUCCUGGCCCCGGCUCCAGCAGCAAGCGCCGCCUGGAGGAAGAGGGCGUUUCUCACGGGGGCAAGAAACUGCGGGCUGUGUCCCCCUUUCUGAAGGAGACGGACGCCAAGGAGUGUGAGGUCAAGCCUGCGGGGCCUGGCCUGGCUGUGUCCUGCCUUCUGGGCCCGGCCUCGGGGCCCGGCCUGCCUGAGGCCUACAGGGGCACCAUGCUGCGCUGCCCACUCAACUUCACUGGCAGCCUGGACCCCUUAAAGGGCCCGGCCACCUUCCCCUUCAGCCCUCUGGUCAUCCCGGCCUUCCCAGCCCACUUCCUGACCUCCACUGCGCCCUUGCCCAUGGCCACUGGUCUGCAGCACUUUUCCCCGACCCCCUUCGACAGUGCUCUUCGCCACAGACUAUACCCAGGUGCGUCCGCCUGGCACGUGCCACCUGCCACUACCUACGCGGCACCCCACUUCUUCCACCUCAAUACCAAGCUGUAGGCCCGCCCGCCGUGCGGGGUGGGAGGUACGAGCUGAGCGGUGGGCGCUGCAGGCAGGGACACUGGGCCCUGGGGCCAGUCACUGCGGGGCUGGGAACAGCCUAUCUUGAAGAAAUGGCCAGGACCUGGAGGCUCUGUGUGGCUAAGUCCCGGGGAGGUGACCGGACCUCCCCAUUGGGCAGGCCCGGAAGGUUCCCACUUGGCCCCUGAGCAGGAGCUGAGAAUGAACGGGGCACAGGAGGCUGUGCACGGAGAAUCCAAUAAAGGAGCCAUGUG